UUUCUGCUCGGAGUCACACCAAAGCGAACGAUGCAGCUCUUAACCGUCUCAACUUUGCUCUUGUCUUUCUUCAGCUCAGGGCUGGCUCUUCAGAUUCAGUGUUACCAGUGUGAGGAGAUGACACACGACUGCUCCACACCAGAGUUCAUUGUCAACUGCACCGUCAAUGUGCAGGACAUGUGCCAGAAGGAGGUUCUAGUGAAGGAUGAUGGGAUACACUACCGCAAGUCCUGCGCCUCUUCAGCAGCCUGUCUCAUCGCCUCCUCCGGCUACCAACAGUUCUGCACCGGCAAGCUCAACUCGGUGUGCAUCACCUGCUGUAACACACCGCUGUGUAAUGGACCGCGGCAGAAGAAACGGGCCCAGUCAUCCUCUGCCAUUACCCUAAACACGCUGCAGGUCCCUGUGUUUUCCCUCUGCGUGCUCCUGCUGCUGCGCUCCAUCCUGUGCUGACACACCUUCAUACAAAAAGUUCAGGUUUUUAUUGAAAAUGUUCUUAAAACUGACAUCAGUGGAAUCAGUGGAUCAGUGGAAGCUGAGACGUACAUGCUUCGCGGUGUAUAUAAGCUUUAAGUCAUGUCUGUUUUUGAUUUUCUGAACGUCUGUGGCACCUCGCUUCUUGAAUUUGAGAAAACUGGCCUCCAACAAGGGAUAAACUACAGGGAACUCAAAUCAUUGUCAUACCACAAACAUGAGCAUAGGGUUGCUUCAGGAGUAACUUUAUUUAUUUAAUCCAUCCAUUUUCUUUACAAAUUAACAUAGAGUAAUUAACAAAAGUAGAAGUUUUCAUUUUUGUGAAGAAAAUUGUCUGGAAUUAAAUCUUUUUUUUUCUGUAAAAAUACCCAUCAUCCUUCCAUCUUUUAUACACAGGCAGGGUAUAUCCUGGACAGGCCGCCAGUCCAUCACUGUGUACAAAUACCUUUACCUUGGAUUGUAACUGGUUUUAAGCUCAUUUACAGUUGCACAAAUCAAAAGAGACAUUACACAAGCAUGAUAUUGUUUAAUGACUUAAGAAGACAGAACAACUGAUCUAAUAAAGGGUGUCAGAUACAGAAAAACAGCUUUCCUCCUUAAUUCUGUAACAGCAACUUGCAGUCCUGUAACUGCCAUUUUGCAGAGUUUUGUAUACAGAACAACAGGAUUAUUGAUACGCUUCCUUCAGGCUGUUCAACUCAGCAUCCUGUAAAUGAUGAAAUGAAACCAGUUUGCAGUUAACAUGACUCUACAGUACAGUCUAUGUUUUGCAAAUCUCAGAAUGUAUUUGAUGGCAUUUUGAAAUGAUGACAAUUUUUUUUAUAGCCAUACCAUGCUCUAAUUAGCUUGUGUCUACAAAAACAGAAUUUGCAAGUCUUUUCAUACUAAAGCUUCUCACAGUUAAAAAAGAUGGAAAGAGAAUACAAAAAAAGGAGUUGUCACUUUGGAGAAAUACACCACCACAUUUCUACUGGGUCAUGUGACUAACUUGAGAGAUAGUGAUUUAGUAUUGCACUGUAUGCCUGUGACAAUCUUUUAUCCAGUAAGAAAAUAAGGAAACAUGGCUCCUCUAUUAAUACGGAGCAUGAAUGGGUGAAUAUGGGAGUCCACAAUCACUGAGGAGGGUGGGAUAUAGUACCCUUCAAUAUUUACCUAUUCUAGAAAUGUAGUUUCAACUCAUCUAUGCUGCUCUACUUUUCACAAAUCUGUUCUUGAUAAAAAAAAAUUGUCCGAGAGUUCAACUUGGUUUGAAAAAUAUACAUCUCUUGCAAAGUCACAUGACCUCUUAAGCUCUACAGCUCUGUCAUCAGCAUCUGUGUUUUGACCAGCAGGUGAAGGUAAGCUUUAUCUGAAUAACUAUAUCUUCUAAUAUAUAGUUAUUCUUAGAUUUUAAGUGAUAUCUCUAAUGAAAUGAGACAUGCUUCCUCUACACACUAAGGGCCUGAUUUACUAAAGGUUUGCGUGCGUAAAAACGUGUGCAAACUUGACAUCACCCGCAGACCAAUGUGCAAGCUCAUCUACUAACAGCGUGCAAAGAGGACUGCGCCUCUCAAAUGAGCAAAAUAGCACACGCUGUUCAUUUAGUACUUUUGCCCUGAUGAAUAAUCAAUAUGGGGCGUACCCGCCAGAAAUCCCUAAAUACUGGGAGGGGAAAAUGCAAAUAUCUCCAUUUACCACACGCAAUGAGAUUUACCAAGCCUGAAAGUUUUUGCGGGGAUUGUGAUUGCGUCUGUAUUUAAUACGUUCGAAAGGAAGGUGCUAAUCUCCCCAGCAUUACGCAGGGAUGCUUGUUGGUGCCUGAGGGGGUGCUUUUCACGGCAGGGGUGCUGAAUACGGCACAACAAUUUACCUCGUCCACUAAUAUCUCUAACUCCAACUCGUCAAAUUUCCUUUUGCGCUCGCAAACCGUAAGACACGCAACACCUCAUUUAAAUACUGCUGUUUGCACCUGUUAUCAAUUGCGCACGCAAUCUUAGUUGAUCACCCGCAAAACACACAACAACAGCACGUGCAAACUUUUUCAGUGCACACGCAAUUUAGUACUCUUUAUUUAGGAUCUUAGUAAAUCGGGCCCUAAAUGUGUUAAUAUUGCUGAUAAGGGUAUAGUUAUUCUAACGUAUUCAUAUAAGAAUACGUUGCUUUAGGUAGUAUUGUGUUAAAAGGCAGCAAAAUUAGAAAUAGAUUUGCUUACCAGCAGAAGAAUUUGCCCAAUCUGUGCUGGAAAUGGUUUCAUGUUGACUGACUUGUAAUGCAGUCUUUGAUACAGUAUAAAGUCCAGACAAAGCAAAAAUAUCUUCAGAUGAAGUGGAUUUAUUCUUCCGACCAAAAUUCUUCCAAAAGCAAUUACGUCAUCAAUAAAAGCAUAAAGAUCUGAUCCAAGGACUGCUGACGUUACACUCUUUUGAAGGCAGAUGUCGUCAGCUAUUCUUCAGAUGAACUCGCCCGUUUGCUGGUGAGAUGGAUACAUUUAGUAAAAAUUGCACAAUCUCAGAUGUCAGCUUAACAACUGAGGAUUUUUUAAACAUCUGCAGGAACUAAACGUAAGCUGUUGUGACAAAUAAGUCUUCUCUGUCUCACAGUAGAUGAAGCAGGUACUAUUGUCUGGACUUUGUUUUCAGUAGAAAUCCAGCAGUCAGCAUAAUUAACGGGUCAAAUGGCUCCAGAGGAGCCCACAGUUAUUUCACAGCUCCACCUCCUCAGAUCAGCGGGGAUGGCAAUGUGAAAUGGAAAGUGUACAAAAGGUCUUGUGGAGAGAAGGAAGCACCGUUGGCUGUGUUGGUAAGUUGUGUGACUCAUUGCCAUCGACAUAAACUUCCCUGUUCAAGCAGUGAUCAGACAUUAUACAGAUGUUGUUGUGUUUAAAGAAGCAGAAAGGAAAAGGUAACUCCCACACAUUACUGCUGUUUCAUUUUACCAUUACUCUGUUUUACCAGCAAGCUUGUGAUAACAACAAGGGAACACCAGAAGAAGACCAGAAACCUGAUCCAGAAAAGAAAGAGUGAUCUUUGAGUUUGCUUAAAAAGAAAUGUAUGUAUGUGCUUUUGUAGUGUAAACAUGGUGUGUAUGUACAUCACGAUUAGUUCAUAUUCAAGCAAGGUGAUGUGAUCUGCUGAACUUGGAAAAGGUUGGUAAAACUAAAUUGUAAAAGUGACUUGCAUUUACAGAGGUUUAGUGAAAUGUUGCAGAUUAAAAGACUUUGCCAAUGUUUUCCUUUUCCUUUGAAAGUGGCUUAAGUCUGGAAUUUUCUUACAAAAACAUGUUAAUUCUUCAGCUUGUCUGUUAAAGAUUAUUUUACACGACUUCUUUGUAUAACAGUAGUACACUGGGAAGGGAGUGUAAUUCAGUAGUGGUCACAUUGUCAUGCUUAACUGUAUAGGCUUUGGGAUUAUCAUUCUAUGACUUUAUAAUUAUUAAAGUUCUUCCAUCAAGAUUUGUACAACACUAACUUUUGUCAACUGACCAUGAUCUGACUGAAAUGUGAAGGAAAAUAUUUACCUAUCAUCUGUUUGUUUAAGGGAUAUUUGUAUGCUGUACUGUACAUGUUUGUGGUGACACAUCGAGGAUUUACUGUCG